UACGUGCGUGUGCACUUAGGUAACGCCGAGCGGAAGAUCGUGUGCUACUACACGAACUGGUCGAUCUAUCGGCCGGGAACGGCCAAGUUCUCGCCGCAGAACAUCAAUCCGUACCUGUGCACCCACCUGAUCUACGCGUUCGGCGGAUUCACCAAGGACAACGCUUUGAAACCAUUCGACAAGUACCAGGACAUCGAGAAAGGUAACAUAAAUGAGAAUAAAUCGAUCCGGACGCGAGAGAAAGAUUCGCGCCGAUUAACCACGUUGCGAAAUCCACGUUUCCAAGGUGGAUACGCCAAGUUCACCGGCUUGAAAACGUACAACAAAAACUUGAAGACCCUGCUGGCUGUCGGCGGUUGGAACGAAGGUUCCAGCAGGUUCUCCCCGAUGGUCGCCGACCCGGACAGGAGGCGAGAGUUCGUCAAGAAUGCCGUGAAAUUCUUGCGGAAGAACCACUUCGACGGCCUCGAUCUCGACUGGGAGUAUCCGGCGUUCAGGGACGGUGGGAAGCCCCGUGACAAGGACAACUACGCCAGUUUGGUCCAGGAGCUGAGGGAGGAGUUCGAGAGGGAGGCCUCGAAGACCGGAAGACCGAGGCUUCUGCUGACGAUGGCGAUGCCGGCCGGCGUCGAGUACAUCGACAAAGGCUACGACGUUCCCACAUUGAACGAAUACUUGGACUUCAUCAAUCUACUCUCGUACGACUAUCAUUCGUCCUACGAACCGGCUGUGGAUCACCACUCUCCGUUGUACCCACUGGAAGAGGAGAACGAGUACAACUACGACGCCGAGUUGACGAUCCUAAGCUUAAGCCGUGUAACGUUGUCCCAGGAUUACACGGUGAAGUAUCUAUUGAAGAGGGGCGCCGCCCCGGAGAAGAUCGUCCUGGGGAUUCCAACGUACGGACGAUCCUACACGCUUUUCAACGAGGACGCCACCGAUCUGGGAUCGCCGGCCGACGGGCCGGGAGUCGAGGGAGAGGCGACCCGCGAGAAAGGCUAUCUCGCGUACUACGAGAUCUGCGAGGGGCUAGCGCAAUCGGACGAGUGGGAAGUGAUUCAACCGAAUCCAAAGGCGAUGGGCCCGUACGCAUACAAAGGUGACCAGUGGGUGGGCUACGACGAUGAAAAUAUCGUCAGGUUGAAAGCCAGAUACGUGAACGAGAAGAAUUUGGGAGGGAUCAUGUUUUGGACGAUCGACAACGACGACUUCCGGGGCAAGUGCCACGGUCGUCCAUAUCCCCUGAUCGAAGCAGCCAAGGAGGUUCUCUUGACCGACAGCUCGAAUACCGUUCAGAGGUCGAAGACCACGGUCGACAGCCGGAAGAAACCUCGCGUUCAGGGAGUUCAGAGCGACACCGCUGGAAGGAAAAAUUUCAGACGAGGGGGUGGUAAAAGCACCACCACUGUGGCGCCUCCCUCGAGAACCCGAGUGUUCUCUCCAAGGCCAAGCUAUCGGACGUUCUCUCGUCCAAAGGCGAGCGUGGAGGGGAAGGAGGAGCAACGAUCAGUCGACAGACGAUCGUACGACUCGACGUCCUCCGUCGACGAGGAAGAACACUCCGAUGGUGGUAACGCGGUUAGGACCGCGAGCAAAAAUGGAAGGUCAAGCAGCAAGAGCAAGAGGAGGCCGUCGAAGGAUCGAUCGAAUUCCAAUCGGGAUCGUAGGAAGCAGAUCGGUAACAACGACUCGAGCGAAGGAUCGUUGAGUAACAAACUAACUACUCCAGAACCUCCGACGACACCCGAUCCUGGAACAGAUUUCAAGUGCGAGGACGAGGGGUUCUUCCCGCAUCCUCGAGACUGCAAGAAGUACUUCUGGUGUUUGGAGAGCGGUCCAGGAGGUCUUGGUGUGAUAGCGCACCAGUUCACGUGUCCCUCGGGCUUGGUGUUCAACAAGGCAGCCGACUCGUGCGACUAUCCCCGCAACGUCAUCUGUCCCAAGUCGAAGACGUCUCAGUCGACAGCGUCGACGACCAGAGCACCGAUAGUCGCUGCCACCAGUCGCACGACCUACCUGUACAGCACCACGCGUCGACCACCGUCCACCGAGAAAAAACCAGACACGGAGGAGGAAGAGAGCAGACCUAGCACCACCAGCACCACUACCACGGAAGCAGCUCGGAGUGUCGAGAGGAACGAACCCGAGAAAGUACUAGACGUCGAGGAGGACGAGGAGGAUCCCAAGGUUAUCAAAGAGCUGAUCAUGCUGAUCAAGAAGGCAGGCGGUAUAGAACAGUUGGAGAAGCAACUGCUGCUCCAAGACAAGAAUCUUCAGAACGAGAGUGUCAACGCAAAGUCUGGCGACGAGAACGCUACUCCAGCCACGAUAAGUCGCAGCUUGUACGAACGCGUGUUGAAUCGCCAAGCUAGUAAAAUCACGAGCAGGCAGCGCGCGUCUACGAAUACGAAUCGCGCGAACGGGCCGGGGAACGCGCAGUUCGAGGGACUGGACGAGCUACCAGAAGUGAAAGGCCUGAGACGCUCGCAGAAACCGCAAUACGUUACCAUCGACAGGGCCAAAUCCCCGACGAAGGAGUCGCCGGCUGAAGACGAGCAAGACGAAGAGGAACAGCUUGACGAGGACAAUACGGACGUGGCCUCCUCCGAGGAGCAGACGAUUAGCAAUCCUUUCGUGGUCGACUCGCUUUCGCAGAGGGCAACGCCCAGUUACGUUAACAUUAGACGCGCUCGCCCCUCCGCCUCCACCAGGUACGUCAGCGUUCAAAGAUUCAGAAGCACGACUCCAUACUCGACGGAGGUCGCUACGAGAGAUCCACCCACUAGCCAAGAACCGAUCACAACGGAGUCGAGCGAAAAAGAAGACGAAGAAGAAGAAGACAAUGAACAGGGAGAGGUCCAGAAGUCCAGAAACGAUCAAAACGUGACGACCACCAGCACCACCGUUGCUACGAGUUCAGUGACAAAUAUCGUGUCCACGAUCGGCUCGUCCUCUUCGACGCCGAACGAUAUCGUUAUCGACUCGGAAACGGAGAAGCCGAUUUCGACGACAACUGCAGAGGCAAGCUCGACCACGGUAAAACUCGUCGAGGAUUCGGCAACGGAGAUCCUCCUGACCACGGCGCCGGCGAGCUUGCCGGCCACGUUGUCGGUCCCGAGCGCGAGGAUCGGCACCGCGUCGGUGUCUCAGCCGAGGCCUUUCGGCUUUAACCGAAGGAACAGACCCUCGGCCGAGUCCACCACCACACCGUUGCCACCGUCCACCGAUCAGGGCAGGCCCAAGGUGAGUAUAUCGUCGCGAAAGCAAACGCGCCCGACCUCCCUCGCGGGAUCGCGAGAUCGAUUAAGGCCGACCGCCGAGAACGAGAGGGCCGAAGCUUCUCGCGCGAGAUCGAGAAACAGGGGAGCGAGCAGAUACACGCCACCGACCUUCAGAGUCAAGAGCGAGAACGCGUCCGACACUGUAUUAUCCAGGGAACGCGCUCGAACUACCGAACCGACGGUCGGUACGACAGCGAACGCCUCGAAGAGACGACUUCGCCGACCGAGUUUCAAAACCAUCGAGGAACCCACCAACGUAGCCAACGAACUGGAGGACAGUCCGAUCGUGAGGAUCCAAGCUCAUCCCGGUUGGAGGAAGAGCUUGUCCCCCAGAUCGAGGAACACGAUCAAGGUGGACGAGACGGACAGUGAGAGGAUCACGAACAUAAAGGUGUUCAGGAAGCCGGCUGCGACGAACAGAGACCAGGUUCGCGCCAGGACCAGGUACACGAGGAAGAGGAACAACGUGGAGAUCGGUGAAUUGCAGGCUGUCGACGAGAAAAGAUCUUGGAAGGAUGUCGUAACUGUAACUACGAGCAAACGACCGACGAUCGUCAAUUCCUCCGCAGAUGGACCCCCAGUCGACGAGGGUCCUGUUCGAACGACCAUGCCGCCGACGGAAGUGCGAGAAACAACUCAAACGAUCGAGGCGAGCACGCAGAUCGAGGCUGUUCGCAACGUGGAACUGGCAGUGGAGAACGAAGUGAUUCCAGUGACGGAUGAUCGACUCGACGCUAGCCAAGGACACACGACGAUUACGACUUCCAGCGACGACGUCAAGCUGGAGAAUUUUGACCCGAACGUGGUUAAAAACGUGCUUCCUGCGAACAAUACCGAAACGGCACAGAUCGGCGAAGAGAGUAUAAACGCUGUCGUUCCCAGACGCAGGAAAAUUUUACUAAGAAGACGGCUCGUUACAUCAUAUGGGGAGGAGCAGAAGAAGGAGAAAGAAGAGGAGGAGGAGAAGGAAGAGGAAAAUAAACCGAUUCCUCGUAAAAGAAAAGUGAUCAAGCGCGUUCGACUAGCUCCGAGUACGGCGUCCACGGUGGAGGACCAAAUUCUGCUUAGAUUUCGAUCCACGACUCCCGCGGCAGAUCCGACGAGCACAAUCGCUGUCGAAACGUUGGACCUUUCCACGACAGAAACGAUCGAUGAUUUCACAGGGGUCACGAUGGAGACCUCGACCCCCGAGACUGCGACCGCCGAUAACGCGGGUUCCUCCGAUAUCGACGUUGUCACGGUAGCCUCGACGAUCGUCGAUAAUGUCACUGCCGUCGCGGAAACUGCUGGUGCAACGGAGUCGACAAUGGCGGCCAAGUUUCUGAUCAAUCUCACCGAGGCGAACGAUGUGUCGAACCAACCAACUACCACCGUGCCAACUGUCAGUACGCCUUCGAUCUACGUAGAUCCUCGAUCCUUCAGUCCCAGAUUAGAAAUAUACAACAGGACGUAUUACUUAGAUUCGAGAUACGUGAGGAAAAAAUUUGUACGCAGACGGCCGGUCGGUACCUCCUCCUCCUCGGAAAACGUUACCAACAGUCGGUAUUCAAACUUGGAAACCUCGACCAGCGUGCCUGUAAUCAACGACAAGAACGAACUGGCGGGGUUGUCGAAGCGCAGAAAGACCCUCUUCGUUCGUCGUAGACCGGUCUCUUUUACAACCGAGAACGGGCGAGCAACGGGAAAUGGAAACAACUUUCCCAUCGAAAAGGAAAAUAAAUUCGACGACGAGAAAGAAACGUCACGCAACGUCGAGAGUGCCACUCCGAGGAUCGAUGAAACUCUGUCCAUCGAAAGAGAAUCGGAAGCAUUCUGGAGUCACUAUAUCGCUCCAUCAGUUGAAAGAAGCUCGUCGUCGCUCGACGAAAAAAGAGAAUCGUCUCUCAAUAACAAUCGAUCGCCAGAGAUUCGUUCUCGUUACAGAACAACGGAACCUCCCAGAGAGAGUCUUCAUUCUUUCGACUCGUUGCCGGAGGAGUCCGAGGAGUCGAACGAUCCCAAGUACCCCAGGUACCAGAACUUCCGUCAGCCGAGGACGCGUUACAGGUACCGGUUGGUGACGAGGAAUCGAGAGGAAGAAGCCGAGGAAUCGGUCGAGGACGCGACACAGUCGUCGAGUUUCGACUCCUCGGCGCAGGUGAGGCCGCUACGUUUGUACGGCAGGCGACCGGUUCCCAGCACGGAACCACCGGUCACGGAGACGCUGAUCCCCGCGAAGAAGUUCGACUACGUGGCGGACGCUCACAGGCGGCAGCAGCAGUCUCUGCGAACGACCACUCCGCGGUCAGUUCACGACUCGACCGUCGUUUGGACGAGUUUCAGCGAGCAACGAGAUAGCAACGAGAUUCGAAACUUCGUGGAGGGCGAUUACGCGGCUACGACGGCCCCUGCACAACCGCUGGUAACGAGGCUGGUCACGUCGGUGGAGGAAUCGGCCACAACCGAGAGACAGAAGAUUCUCAUAAAGACGAAAUACUCUUCGUUGACGUCGACCACCAAGAUCCCUCUCACCACCACGUCCUCGAUCUCCGCGUCCGUUUCCUCGGAUAAAUCGAGGGGGAAUCGGGAGGAGCAAUCGGCGAACGAGAUACGCCAGGAGCAAGUCGAACGAUCUACCUUACCGAUCGAGGGUGAAUUCCUUUAUCAACCGCCGUUCACCACGGAAUCCCACGAAUCGUCCACGAUCGAGAUCGAGUCUGUGUUCAGCAAUCUGAUCGGGAACAGGGAUUCUGCCAAGUUGCCAGCUCGGAAGCUAAUAGGCUACCAACACUCAAGGAACUAAUCGGUUAUCGAACGAACGAACACACCUUCGGCAGUCCGUCACCCGUUAUAUUGAACUUGUUCCCUCUGACAGUCACAGCGACGAACGAGGAGAUCUCGUCGCGUGAAAAAGACGCGAACCGUAUUGUCGAGGAGACAACGACAGUUCGAAACAACGGCAGUUCGACGUUCGAUGACGCGAUUUGGGUGCUGAACGACGAUCGAAACAACGAGGAGACAAAUUACGGCAAAUUGCCAAACGAUCUAGAUCUAUCCGCGUAUUACGUCGAGGACGAAGGUGAUGCCUCGUUGACUGGCAAAAAGAGGAUCGAUCGACAAGAUUCGUCAACGACCACCAGCCUGAAACCCACCACUAUGCGUGGCAUCCCUUUGACCGACUUGUUGCAGAACCAAGUCCCGCGUGGCUUUUUUUACGUCACCAGAGGCGAGAAAAUAGAGAAUCUGCCAGCAGAGAGUAGAGGAAACGUUCCCUCUAAAGUGGCUGAUAAAAUCGAACGCGCCGAAGUUACGAUCGUCAGCGAUCGUAGGUGUGACGAUGUCGAGGAAAAUUCCAAGUGUUCGAUCCAAGUUGCUCCGACUUUGACUUGGUCCGAUCUCACCGUCAAGAAUAGUGAAAUCGAUGUUGAGAAAGUGACAGUUGCGAGAGAAAGUAACACCGAUUCCUUCACAGAGAUCCCAAGUUCCGAAGAAAAUGCCUCGAUUUCUACGUCUGAGUCACCCGUUACAUUCACUUCUCCAUCAGAGUCUGUCUCAACAAACGCUGCCUUAUCUACUGAGAACGUUGACGACGCUACCUUACCUACCGAGAACACUGACUUUGCUCCAACCUUUGCAGUCGAGGUACGAUCUACCUUACCUACCGAGAACAUCGACUUUACUCCAGCCUCUGCAGUCGAGGUACGAUCUAACGAUCUCACGACUGGGACAAGCAUGUUAGAACCCGUGACAGAGGCACGGUUGUACCGAGAGAAUCAGACGAACACUGUAGAUUUGGGGGGCAGUUACUCGACGGAGGAAACGAGCGUGCGACGACCAACUGACGAAAAGAAUUCGACAAAAGAUGACGAAGAAUCAAAGUUGGUCCCAGCCACGACUGUUCCUCCAGCUAGUACGGUCGAAACGACAGCUGACAAAUCGAGCAGACCGAAAAAUCGUCGUCGACAAAAGAUCGAGUUCAAUGCCAAUUACGAAUUCGGGCGCAAGUAUCGCCCGUAUCUAAAUAACGAUCAAGAGGAUUCGACGAAGGAGGCAAAGAGAACGCAGUUGCCUCGUCGCAGAGUCGCUAGUUACAGUUACAGAGGACGGCAUCGCAGACCAUCUGUCGUUGCCAGUACCGUUGCGAACGACUUUGAAGUGGAAACCGAUCCCGUAAACGGAACGAGAGCGAACGAUCUAGCGACAGAUGGGAAACACGACGGAGAAAAUUUGAAGGAGAAAGAGACGAGCGUGGAAAAGAAGGUCGUGCCGAAGACAAAUCUGACCGGCAGCGAGGAGGAGGAACCUCUUAGGAUAGAGGGGAAUGUCGGUCGAACGGAGCCCGAGGUGAAUUCGUCGAAGAAUACGAUAACAACGUCUCGUACGUCAGGAAAUUUGCCGUCAACCAGGUUGAGGAAACCCCCUACGGUCAAUUUGACGACAUUGCAAACAAACAAAACGACCAACACGUUCGCGAUUCAUCGGGAAACUUAUUCGACCGACGAUGCCGUGGAUGAAAGAACCGAAACGUCGAAACCUGUGAAAGAAAUUGAUCAGAGUAGUAAAGCGCAAGAAAUUGCGAUGACUUUGGCUGAUCCACCGUCGUCGCAAACAUCAACGUUAGCCACUGGUCGACCACCGUUCAGGAACGCCCCGCGGCGCAAAAUAAGCACCACAGUUGCACCUAGAACGGACGCAACGACGAACAGGGCUAUACAGAGAUUCACGCCGGCACUCCGCGAUCGGCAAAAGUCGAGGACGAUGGAUAACACUCUACAAAACGUGACGGCGAGACGUAGGCGGCCACCUGUUAUCGACUACGAUUAUUACGAGGACGAGGAGGAGCCGGUGAUUGGAAAGUCGACAUUCAACGGGAAACUGUUCCUCACCAGCAGAGGGACGUUCCGAUGCCUGGAUCAAGGCAACUUCCCGCACCCGUACUCUUGCAAGAAGUUCAUCAGCUGCGCGAGAAUGGUGAACGGCUUGGUCACCGGAGCUGAAUACACUUGCCCUGACAAACUGUCCUUCGACCCGGUCGGUGGUAUUUGCAACUGGUCAGCCGGACUUGGCUGCAAGGAAUAAUCGAUUUGAUCUGGAAAAAGAAAAAAAAAAAAAAA